UCCAGGCAGGAAGUGACAGGAAGACCCAAGUGAUGAGUUUUGUGUGUGAGUGUGUAAGGAGUGUGCAUCAAGUUUGGGUGGAGCACUCUGCUGCGUCCCCUGACAGUGUGCACAUCGUAGGACUUCAGCUCUGAAACUGGUGUCUGGGCCAUCAUGGCGAAGAACAGCAAUUCUUUAGAGAUCCCUGUUGGCCACAUGAGCCAGGCAGUGUCAGAUGGAGAUUUGAACAUGUCCGCACGCGGCUGUGGCGGCAGCAGCAACAGCCUUCCUGGGACUCCAGCCGGAGAGCACGGCCCAGCCAACAGUGUCAUGAGCUGGGCCGUGUCAUUUGAGAAACUGCUGGAGGACCCUUUUGGGGUUCGUUACUUUACGGACUUCUUAAAGUCUGAGGUGAGCGCGGAGAACAUUUUAUUCUGGCAGGCUUGUGAAAAGUUCAAGAAGAUUCCGGCCACUUCCUUGGAUGAGCUGAAAGCAGAAGCUCGCUCAAUCUACAGCACCUACCUGUCUGAGAGUGCUCCCUACUCUGUGAAUAUUGAUGACACAGCAAAGACGGAGGAGAAGGACCUUCAGCAGCCUACACCUGACAUGUUUAACAAAGCUCAAGCGCAGAUAUUUAAGCUGAUGAAAAUGGACAGCUACAGGCGCUUUGUACGGUCCCCUCUUUAUCAGAGCUGCACUUUGGCAACAGUAGAAGGCAAAGGCCUACCUCGGCUCUCCAAUGAGUCUCCGCGCAUGGGAUCCUGGGAGGAUGUGGCCUCCAGAGUCCCCUUAAGGGAAAAGAAGGGCAAGAAGUCAGACCCUAACAGCUUUCUAGGUGGUAAGAGUGCCUCAGAGAAACAGCGACAGAAACGAGGAUCCUGGGGAGAGUCCCAUUUGGCCAUCAAGUCGACCAGUAGUGUGGAGCUUGGCUCCAUCUGCAGGCAUAUGGAGAAUGGUCGCUCGAGUCCCUGCUCCCCUGAGCUGGGGGGUGGAGGUGGGAGUCGUGUAGGAUUGGAGGGGGGAUACUGCUGUGUCUACUUGCCUGAUGGCAGUGCCUCCUUGGCACCCACACCUAAUGGCCAGCCAAUCAAAGACUUGCUGACUAGCCUUUGUGAGAAAAGAGGCUUCCCACUGAAAGAUGUUAUCAUUUACCUUCAUGGCAAGGACAAGCAACCAUUAUCGCUGGACCAAGACUGCUCUGUACUGAGAAAUCAGCAGGUCUCUUUAGAGCUCAGAGUGACGUUUGCGGUGGAGAUUGCCUUCACUGGUAAAACUGUGGGGAUCAUGGUGAAGUCUAGUAAGACACUGCAGGAAGCUCUCUCUGUGGUGCUGCAGAAGCACAAUAUUAAGCCACAAGAGGCCUUGGUCACCAUGGAGGAACUAAGCAAAGAGCAGACCAGCAUUUCCAAAGGCGGCGGUUCUGCAGCCAACCAGUCCCAGGGAGGAGCAGCAAGUACAGGUCCAGAAGCCAGAUCACUGAGCCAAGACAGAGCUAAGGCUCAGCCAAGGUCUACCAAGAACCGCGAGAUGGACGGGUUCCUGGACAUGCUGACGAGGGCUCAGAACUCCAGGGUGGAUGAUCAGCGAGGUCUUCUCACCAAAGAGCAGCUGGAGGUUCCUUCCUUCCUCCAGCUGCCCACAGAGCAGGUGCAGGAACCAGAGGAUCCCAGUAUAGCCAGCUCUUCCACUACUGACUCCAAAGCAAAAUCUGAGGAUAAGAAUUCAGCUGAAAAUUCAGCCGAAGCAGCGAAGGAAGCCCCCGACUCUGCUAAAUUGAAAUCCCCAGACAUGAGGGAAACAACAGUUUGAAAGACAAUCACGUGUUGGAUGAACGAAGAUGUGAUCAAAAAAACUACGACGAACAUUUCACAAAACUGUGAUCUGAUUAAUUUAAGAAAAUUAAUGAAAGAAAUAAUUAGUCCUAUAGCACUUUUUUCUAAUUGUUCGCAGUAUAAGCUCUGAGAAAGCGGUGUGCUACCACACGCUGCUCUAUACUUUUGAAUGACCUUCUUUUAAGCCAAUUUGUAAAUAAGGCAGAUCAUGGCAAGCAUUUAUGGUGUCGUUCUAAAACACUACACAUCCUUAUGGGGAAAAUGUUUGCUAUGAAAUGAUUAAUUCAACCUUAUAUGAAAAAGUUAUAGGUCAGAAUGUCACCCUGAAACUUUAAAUGUUUUAGUAUACAUUUUAUUCAUCCCCUGAUUUGUAAUACUGUACAGAUUUUGAUAUAUCGUUCACAUUUCUUCUGUUUUUCACAGCCGUACUUCGCAGUAAUGUUUUCUUUAAACUAAGCACAGGAAGGAGUGACCGUCCAAAAUGGGUUUUAAUGUUUUUGCACUGUUUCUUUGCUUCAACAUGCAUGGAAUAUUUGAUGCAGAUUUAGUAUUUAAUAUAUAUUAUUUUUAAAUUUGUGUGUUGCAUGCUUUAGGUGUUUUUGUUUGGUUUUUUUGCCUUUUUUAAAUUAUCCCUAUGUUUGCUGUGACUGCACUUUGCAAAGCCCUGGUCAUGUCCUGUAUUCCUGUUCUCUACAUCUCAGACUACAGAUCAAGAUCUAGUUCAUUAAAUGAAUAAUGUGAUAAUAAAAAUGAAAUGGUUUCAAUGAUUCUAACGAUAAUCCACAGGGUGUAUUGAAAAAAAUUAAAGUGUUUUAUAA